CCUAGCGCGCUGACAUCACUUCCGUGCAGUACAGCGUUCAUGUUUGACAACAAAUUCUACGUGGAUUUCGGGAAGAUCUUUUGCCAGCUUUAAAUCGUCCAACGAUGACUAAAUUACAAUAUCUGAAUGUGUAUCUGACUGAGCGUCUCAUGCAAGCUGCUGAGGAAAUACUAAGAGUUGUCGCAGACACAAUCUCCGAGUACCAGGAAGAAAUAUCCCGGACAAAGCGAGAGAACCAAUACCUUAAACGACACUUGAUCACACCGGUCCUACCGCCGGCCCCUCAGCCCAUUCUCUCUUGGGUCUCAGAGCCGCGAACUCCCCCUGAACAACAGCACUGUGAGCAGGAGUGGAGGCCCAGUCUUGGUCAGGAGGACCUUGAGACCACACAGAUUAAAGAGGAACAGGGUGAACUCGGGACCAGUCAGGAGGAAGAGCAGCUUCAAGUACCGGAGUCUGAUACCAAAGAAGACUCCAUAUCUACUCUUCCCUGUGUGAAAAAUGAUGAGGACCGACCUCAGCCUUCACAUCUUCCCCGAACCAAAACUGUGGAGAACAGAGUGAGGGAGUCUCUACUGACCAACACAACUGGACAGAUCAAAACAGAACCUGAUGGCUAUGGAGUAUCACUAUCAGAACCAACCAGUGACUCCCCUCAGUCUCAGCCCGUCUCUGAAGUAAGUGCAGACUCUUCUAGAACACAAAGUCAGAACACUGAGAACACGGAAAGUGUUCCUAUUGUUCUGAGAGAUCUAGAAAGGAGACCAGAGGAGGAUACAGACACACACUCAUGUGCUCAGUGUGGAGCCGUGUUCUGUGAGCUAUCCCAACUGGAGGCACACAUGCCAUCCCACACAGUACCACACAGUGGUGACACUAGUCACAGGCAAAUCAUGUGCACAGUCUGUUGGAAGUCAUUCACCUCUACCAGUUACCUCAAGGUCCACCAGCGUUCUCACACUAAGGAAAAGCCCUUUCACUGUGGUGUGUGUGGCAAGAGCUUCAGCUACUCAGGGAAGUUUAGGGAACACCAGCGAAUUCACACAGGAGAGAGACCUUACCGCUGCUACGUGUGUGGUAAACGCUUCAACCAGUCAGCCCACCUGAAGGCCCACCUGAGGGUACACACAGGGGAGAAACCCUACUCCUGUCCUGUCUGUGGGAAAGGAUUCAGUCAGUCCAGCCAGAUCAAGAGACACCUCAGAACUCACAUCCAAGAGAGGUAGAAUAAUAAUAAUAACUUGGAGUGGAAAGAGCCCAUGAGUGGAUAAACAGUAACCUCGGAAACCGACUGAUCUCACAAGCUUACAUGAAUGGUUCGCUACCACAGAAUCAGUCUGGUAAUUACGAGGCUAGAUAGACAGAACCUACUGUUCUCAAAGUGCCCAGCAUUUGGGAAGAGAAAUAAAUAAAUACAUUUCUUAUUUUCAGUGCUACUAAUUCUACAGUAACAGUACCUCAAAGUGUUCAUACACCUUGACUAAUUCCACAUUUUGGUGUUACAGCCUGAAUUCAAAAUGGAUUUAAAAAAUAAUAAUAAUCUCACCCAUGUACACACAAUAGCCCACAAUGACAAAGUGAAAAUAUAUUUUUGAAAUGUAUUGAAAAUGAAAUACAGAAAUAUCUCUUUUACACAAGUGUUCACACCCCUGAGUCAAUACUUUACAGAAGAACCUUUGGUGGUGAUUACAGCUGUGAGUUUUUCUGGGUAAGUCUCUCAGAGUUUGCACACCUGGAUUGUACAGUAUUUGUCCAUUUUAUCAUUAAAAAAAUUAUUCAAUCUCUGUCAAAUUGAUUGUUUAUCAUUGCUAGACAGCCAUUUCCAAGUCUUGCCAUAGAUUUUCAAACCGGUUCAAGUCAGAACUGUAACUAGGCCACUCAGGAACAUUCAAUUUGGUAUUUGUAAGCAACUCCAGUGUAGAUCUGGCCUUGUGUUAUAGGUUAUUGUCCUGCUGAAAGGUCAAUUUGUCUCCCAGUGUCUGUUGAAAAGGAUUUGGCCUGUGCUUAUAGCUGUUUUCUGUUUCUUUUUAUCCCCAAAAUUUCCUUUGCUGAUGACAAGCAUACCCAUAACAUGAUGCAGCCAGAAAAUAUGAAGCGUGGUACUCCGCGAUGUGUUGUGUUGGAUUUACCCCAAACAUAAUGCUUUGUUUUCAGGACAAAAAGUUAAUUUCUUUGCCAAAUGUUUUGCAGUAUUACUUAAGUGCCUUGUUGCAAACAGGAAUAUUUUUAUU